GUGUGUUCAGGAGGUUCAGUGCCAGUGGAAGGCCAGGGAAGUGCCUCAACCAGCCCUGUGCUACAUUGGGGAACAGCUGAUUUUGAUUUUGAUAAUUGCCCCUGCUUGCUCUCCUCGGCUCGUAUUCCUUGCCCCUGUAUGGGUAUCCGGGUCCCCUGCCGUUGGGGUGACGUGUGGGGAGUGUGGUGUGGGUGAGGGACAGGGAUGAGACGUGCUGGGUGACAGGGUUGAGCUACCCACAUCACUCCCUGUCACUGUCAGGGCCGCGGUUGCAAAUUUCGGUUUGACUGUUAAGUAAAUCAUGUUAGGAACCCAAAGUGGUGUUGUAAAGAUUUGUUUCCGUUUUACUUGCUGGACAAAAGUGUAUUUUUCUGUGAGUGUGAGAGUCUGCGGCAUGGACCACCCUCUCUUCCUGAAUUUGGCCCUGCCCCAGCAGCCUCAGCCAGCCACUGCGCCCGCACCUCCAGUCACCAGUCAAGUCAAUGGUCUCCCGCAGGAAUCAAAGCUCGCUACAUAUAUCAGUAAUCGCCAGCAAUUGUCAGCCCCUCAGCAAGCAGAACAACAGCAGCAGCAGCAACAACAGCAACAACAACAACAACAGCAGCAGCAGCAGCAGCAGUCCCUCACUAAGAGUGUGGCGGCCCUGAGUCUCGAUGGUGUAGGAGCACGGAAAGUGAACAUGUGGGAGGAACACCAGAAUACUGUGCAAGUGAGGAGAAGAGAGCUGGUUGGAGAGGAGAGAUCUAUGUCCUGUGGAGUCAGAGCACAAGUGGUGCCAUCAGUAAACAACAUCACUGAGUUCAUCCCAGGCUCGGGUGGUAAUGGAGGCUUGGCCCACUCUGCAUCUACUCCCUCCUUCCACUCAUUUUCUGGACUUGGUUCACCCAGCCUGACCACACCCUCUUCUCUGGGCUUCACCUCCAUGACACGCUCUUCACCAGCAGCAUCUGUUGCUUCCCCUCAAAGGCCAAUAUCCCCUCAAGAUUCCCCCAGCAGAGGAAGAUGUACUUCCCCCAAUGCUGGAGGACAGGAAGACAAUGGCAGUGCUUCAAACUUACCCACCUACCAAGAAAAUGUGGGAGGCACUACCUACUUCUUCACUGCCCAAGACCAGCCACCUUUUGCCAACACCGGAGCCACUGCAUCACCAUCUCCCUUCACUGCAGCACCUCAGCCAACCCUGGUAUUUCCUCCCUACCACGUCCUGCCACCGACCCCAGCCCAUGUCCACCACCUUCGAGCACCAGCCAAUGCCCCGCACUUCUUCAUGGGUGACGAAUUGCGCCAGCACCUGCUAGAGAAACAUGCCCUAACCCUGGCCCAUGUGGACCAUGAGCAGUUCCCAGACUUGCCGCAGGAAGUAGACAUGUACCACGAGCUGGUUCCCUUGGAACCGCAGCACAACGUCAACAAAUCCUCCAUAUUUGGCUAUGCUACCUCAGUGUACAAGGCCACCAACAUCAAGACAGGCCUGCGGUAUUGUCUGUAUCGCAUUCAUGGCUACCGUCUUAACAAUGUGAAGGUCACCCAGUUAGUGGACAUGUGGAAGAAACUGCAACAUUCCAGUGUGACUCAGCUGAGGGAGGUCUUCACCACCAAAGCCUUUGGUGAUAACUCAAUUGUGUUUGUGUACGACUAUCACGCUGGUGCGGAAACCCUCGCUGCCCGCCACUUCUCCUCCUCCAGCAUGCUUGGCUCCAAUGGCUGGGAGGCACUGGCCACUCCCCUGCCAGGUAAUGGGGCCACUGAGUCCUCGGCUCGGGGCAUCCACAAGUCACACCGUCACAACUCCGGCAAUGGUGAGACAGGUUUGCUGCCAGAAUCUACUUUAUGGAACUACAUCAUCCAGUUGACUGGAGCACUGCGAGCCAUCCACACUCAGGGUCUGGCCUGCCGCACCCUUGACCCCACCAAGAUCCUUCUCACUGACAACAAAUCCAGGAUAAGAAUAAACUGUUGUGGCAUCCAUGAUGUGUUGAACUUUGACCCAAAUGCUGCCAACCCUCUAGCCAACAUGCCACAGUAUCAGCAAGAUGACUUGGUGAGCCUUGGGAACCUGAUGGUCGCCCUGGCAUGCAAUUCUUACAUGGCCCUGCAGCGAGACAGCAUCCAGACUGCCAUUGAACUGAUCAACCGCUCAUACUCCCGUGACCUGUCCAUGUUGGUGGUGUGUCUCCUCACCUCCCAGCGCAUCAAGAGUAUCAACGAUGUUAUGCCCAUGAUUGGUGCAAGGUUUUACACUGCCCUGGAGACUGCCACCCAGCGUGCCGAUGUGUAUGAGUCAGAGAUUGCUAAGGAGGUCCACAACAGUCGCCUCUUCCGCCUCCUGACAAAACUCAACACCAUUGUUGACCGACACCAGCUGCACAUGGACACUUCCUGGAGUGAAACAGGGGACAGGUACAUGCUGAAGCUCUUCAGAGAUUAUGUCUUUCACCAGACUACCGAGGAUGGUCGACCGUGGCUGGACUUGGCCCAUGUGGUGAUGGUGCUUAACAAGUUGGAUGCUGGUUCUCCUGACAAAAUAUGCCUCAUGUCACAUGAUGAACAAAACAUCUUGGUAACGUCAUAUAGUGAACUGAAGAGGUGCUUUGAGCGCUCCUUUACUGAGUUGCUGCAAGCUGCUUCCUCUCACAAGACCUCAUUGUCCUAGCAACAUCUAUAACACUGGCUGUCACCUUGCCUGCCUGUGUUGAUUCAGGCAGAGGAGAAAGCUUACCACAAGUUGUUUGCCAUGCUUUUUCUAUAUUCUUUGUUCGGCAGCUUGGCCAGAGCUUCCAUUCCGUGCCGAAGCUGUGACCAGACAUCCUUCAGAGUGUGUGACAGCAGGUAUCCUAGGCUUAGUGUUUAAUUUGUUCUUGAAACACUCACCCAACUUUGGUCCCUCCAUUAGAGGAUACCAGUUUUUAUAUUCAAGACCAGGUCCAAUGUUUCAUCCAUCACUACUGCUAAGAAGUACACUGUUCUGUGGUAUAACUUUAUUUUUGCUUCAUGUUCUUUUACACUGGUUAAACAGUAUAAUUUUCUUUGCAUUGCCUUUUGUUGAACAUGUUAUGUUGGUAUAAGAAGUAUCAUUUGGUGAGUGAAAGAUGUGGCAGAGUAUUAAGGAUAAGGAGCAUCACAUGUGGCUUAUGAAGGAAGAUACAGCUUGUAUAACUGCACCUAACACACCAUCUUUUUUAUUGGAAUGCACUUUUAAUUUACAAUGUCUAUGUGUUACUGCUUUACCUUACUAAUGCAUCAUGCUUCUAUGAAACAAAAAUUGUUGGCCAUUGCAAAAUCAUCCAGCCAAGGAUUCAUUAUCCUAUCAACAAGUAAUGCUUUCUGAAGAAUCAGCAAAACUACUACUCUCAUUCUCCUGCUUGUAAAGAAAUAUGUAUCACUGACAUAUUUGCAACAAGAUCUGUUCUCUCUCUCUCUCUCUCUCUCUCUCUCUCUCUCUCUCUCUCUCUCUCUCUCUCUCUCUCUCUCUCUCUCUCUCUCUCUCUCUCGGAGAUGAUGAAUGUGAUUCAUGAUGCCAGACAAGAUGGACACAGUCUUUUAAUCACUGAAAACAAAAUCCAGAAUCAAAAGAAAGAUGCAUUCCUAUAAAUUAGAUGAGCUGUGUUUGUCAUGAUAUCCUGAUAUUUUUCUUCUUUGUACAACAAGUAAGGACUGAAUAAUGUUUGUUUUUACAAUUUGUAUUUCUUUAGUUAGUAUUUGUAGUGAGUUUUAGUUUUACUUUAAAUAGAGAUUCCUAGAAGUAAUAGGAGUCCAGAUUUUAUAAUAAUGUAUCCAUAAUGACCUGAUAUUGAGGAUUUAAUUUUUUAAUUUUUUUUUUUAUGUAUUUUUUAUUUUUUAUUUUUUUUUCAUUGGCUUUGAAAUCCUGACUGAGCCACAUGUUGCAUGGUGAUUGGAUUGGGUGGUGCCUUGUGUGAGGUGUGAAGGCCUGGGUUACAAGCUAGCAUCAUUGCUGGACAACUUUUACAUAAUGAGUAAUUGCCAUAUUUAUUUGAAAAGUUUUACUUUAUUUAUUUGUUUGUUCAGUCGUUCUGAGCAAAAAAACUUUUUUAUUUAUGUAAUAUCACAUUUUAAUUGUUGGCUGUUUUUAUUUUACUUAAAAACUUGUGGAUGAAUUGGAGGGACAUUUUGAGGCACAUACAAAAAAUGAGUGAAGGUGGCUCAAAAAUUGUUAGUGGUGUUGUAUAGUGAUGUAAAGAAGUUAAUAUUAAGUGUGUGACAUUUGCUUACUACGAAAAGUGAACCAUCCAUGCACCUCUUGUACAAAGCUCUCCAUGAUGCAACCUCAAGUGUUCUCAGAGUGAACUGUUCAACGUCCGAUGUACAUUGUUGACACUCCACAUAUCAGCUGUGUUAUCCUUAAACUGCCCAGUGUUUAGUAUACUAUUCUAUGGUGUAAAGACAGCAAGCUGAUAUUGUUAUAAAGUUGACUUGUAAAAGGUGUCUUCCUAUACAAGGCCAGCUGCCUUCCAGAUGUUACUUGAAUGAAAACACACAAGAGGCAGACUGAUCAACUUGUUUGUGACUCGUCAGUACUGGCAUGAUAAUGUGGAGUCACACCAGAAAUUUGUGAUACCCCAUUGAAAAUCAGUGACCACAUGUAAUGGUGACAACUUUGGUAGUGGUAGUGGUGGUGGUGGUGGUGGUGGUGGUGGUGGUGGUGGUGGUGCACUAACAUGCAGGUGGACUAGAACAUACUGAGUUCCAAUCCCUGCCAAGGCUGAUGUGGAAAAGACUGAUGCUUUAUAUUUUUGAACUGUACUGUGGUUUCUGGGUGAGAAACUAAGGCUUACCUGUUUUAGUGUGAUAUUCCAAUUAUUUUGGAAAAAAGUGACUAGUAGCAUCAUAAAGAUAUAACAACCAUUGUGGUGUGUGUGUGUGUGUGUCCGUGUGUGCGUGCGUGCAUGCGCAUGCAUUUGCAUGCAUGCAUGCAAUCAUGCAUAUUUGGGUGUAUAUGAGUGUGUAGGACUCUGUGUCUGCACACCAGUGUAUACAUGUAUGUAGUAUAUGUUUCUUCACAUACAUGUAUAUGGGUGUGUGGCUCAGUGUUUGCACACCACAAUAAGCAUUUUAAGAUUCAUAUGUAGUAUACAUACAUAUAUUUAUAUUUUUUUGUCAUAUAAAUGGUUUGCUACCCUUAAGAAAUUAAACAUGUUUGCAUUUAAGUUGGAUGAUAUAAUUCUAUAGAUUUUCCCCUUGAAAUCCUCAUGUGAUGAUUAACAACAAACAAACCAUUAUAAUACUCUACAUUUUAUGAAAUUGCCUCAUUUACCAGGUCACUGUUGACAAAGGUUCAAAUUGCUUAUUGGCUCAGGUGAAACUUAUUAAGUGGUAAUGUUUUUAGUUGUAAUAAUAUCUGUUAAAGAAACCUAAAGGUCAUGUGCCUCCUUACUCAUUUGCUCCAUUAUCCCUCAUCAGUUUUUCAAUCAUUGAUCACAAACGAAGAGUACAAAUUUUAUCACAUCCAUUGUAAUUCUCAGACAAUUGUUGCGGCAUUUCCCUCCCCUCCCCUAUAAGUAUGAGUGGGUUCUUCACAAAUAUCUAAAGACUUGUUUUCUGGGUACUGUCAGAAAGUCCACCAACAGCUACCUCGGCUUUGAGUUUUACACUGCAUUCAUAGGUAAUUAUGUUAUGCACAAAAAUGACAAGCAUAUUUUUUAUCUCAUUCACGUGGGACCAUUUCUGUAUUUUACCAUUUAUUCCCCAAUCAAAAAUGUGUUCGGUCAAAGUAUUCAGUCAUGCAAUAGAUAGACUGUUAGUGUCUCUCCAUGUACCUAAUAAGAAUGAUAUUAACAAGUAAGAGUGUAAGGGUGAAAGUGCAAGACUGUAUUCCAUAUUUUGCAAGCUGUUGUUAAAAGCUUUACACCUGACCUCUAGGGCUGGUGAAUCAGGGCUGACCUCAUGGGUUCCCUACAUUAUGCAGGAUUUGCACUUUUCUGAGCUUAAAAGAUUUAUGACAUAUUGUAAUGUGCCAGAUAAAUGUCUCUGCACCUUUGUGGUCUGUGAGGAGGGAGUUGCAGACUGUAGGGUGUCUGUGAGCUCCCCUGAGUGUUGGUAGAAACCUUGGAGAGAAGCAUAAGUGAAAACACGUACACAAAAUUAAGCAAUAUUGCAUUUACUCUCUCUCUCUCUCUCUCUCUCUCUCUCUCUCUCUCUCUCUCUCUCUCUCUCUCUCUCUCUCUCUCUCUCUCUCUCUC